AUGGCGGACUCGGUUGACCGCGUAUUUGUCCAUGCCCUAAACACAGUAAAGAAGAUUCCGAAAACCGGCGCAUCGCGGCCUCCACCCGCAGACCGACUCCGGCUCUAUGGCCUGUACAAGCAAGCAAUGGAGGGGGACGUGGACGGGGUCAUGGAACGGCCGUCGCACGCGGCCCUAGGCGUCACCCCAGACGAGUUGCACCGCGAGCAGGGCAAAUGGGAUGCCUGGAAUGCCCAACGCGGGCUGAGCAGGACCGAGGCCAAGCGGCGGUACAUCGAGGCCCUGAUCGAGACCAUGCACCGGUUCGCGACGACCCCCGACGCGCAGGAGCUCGUGUCGGAGCUCGAGUUUGUCUGGAACCAAAUCAAAAACAACAGUCCGAGCACGAGCGAGACGAGUCCAAAGGGCAACAAUUCGCCCGAGCCCAUACGGAAGUUUGCGCAGCCGUUGCCAGGGACCGAAGGGCCCAUGAAAAUGCUCAGUCCCAUGAGCGAGGACGACGAGGUCGAGAAAGAAUAUAGAGAAAGACUUGCCGAUGAUGAUGAUGAAGGCGACUAUGUCAAGAAAGGUGACAAGUGGUCGCGCAAAGUAGAGAGAGCUCUGGUGCGCUUGUCGGCCGAGAUCGCAGCGCUUAGGGAGCAGAUUACAACUGGGAGGGAGUGGAAAUCCAAAAAGGACAGAACUUUUGUUGCUUGGAUAUCGUGGCUCUUUUGGACAGCCAUCAAGCACCUGGUCAUUGACUCAUUUAUACUAAUCAUUAUACUCAUUUGGAUGCGGAGGCGCAAAGACAGGAGGCUAGAGGAUCUAUGCAGGUCGGCGCUCAAGAUCGGUCGAGAAUAUGCGCGGAGAGUUUUGCCAUCCAGAUGA